GCGUAUCGUUAUGGGAAGAUGGAUUGGAUUUUUAGAAAAACACGGCGUGUAAGAGGCUGAUUUUGGCUUUGUUUUCUGCCAAGAUAAAAACAAAUAGAAUAUUUGCUCAGCGCUGAGCAGACGAGUACGAACACUCUUGGCGACCGGUGACCACUCGUGCGUCUGCAUUACAAUGCGGACCGUUUAGAGGCGUAGAUUGAUCAUCGGGACUUUUGUGUUUUCAAUAAACGAGCUUUGCAAUCCUAUACAAUUCAUCAAUAAUUCCAGCAAAUUCUUCUUGACCAAAUCGCACAUCGAGUUAUUCACAAUGAAAAACAUUCCGCUUUCCCUGCUAUUCACGUGCAUAAUAAGCUUACCAAUCGAAGGUUUUGAACUCAAUAAUGAAAUUAACGGAAAUCCAUUGACACGGCUAUUCUCGUCGGUGUAUCUACCAAAAUACGAGAAAAUACCAGAAAUCAACCCCGAUGUCGACUCAUCCACUUUGGACAUGAUAGAGAGAGCCGGUUAUCCAGCAGAAGCUCAUAUGAUCACUACGGUCGAUGGAUACAUCCUCGAAGUCCAUCGGAUACGCGGAGAGCCGGGAUCCACUCCAGUUUUACUUCAGCAUGGACUUUUGAGCAGUUCUGCCGAUUGGGUUAUAACUGGAAAAUCUAAAGCGCUUGCUUACCUUCUGGCCGACCGGGGCUACGACGUGUGGCUCGGUAAUGCUCGUGGAAAUACUUACUCCCGGGCUCACAAAACACUUUCGACGACGGACUCAAAAUUUUGGGAUUUCAGCUGGAACGAAAUGGGCCUGUACGAUCUGCCAGCAGUCAUAGAAUACAUAACGAACUUAAAAAACGAUAGUCUCGUCUACGUAGGACACUCGAUGGGAACAACGAUGUUCUACGUGAUGGCAUCGAAGAGGCCUGAUAUCGCUGAUAGGGUCAGGCUCAUGAUUGCACUCGCCCCAGUCGCUUAUUUGAGCCACCUGAAGAGUCCAGUGAAAAUCAUCGCUCCGUUUGCUGACGACAUUAAGUUGAUAGCCCAUUUUCUCGGUGCUGAUGAAUUUCUGCCACAAAAUAUAUUACUGAAAUUCCUCGCGAGGUAUGGCUGCGAAAUAGACACGUUGGAGGAAAAAAUAUGCGCGAAUUCCAUGUUCGUUAUUUGCGGAUUCGACAAGGCUCAGUUCAACGAAACGCUGAUGCCAGUAAUAUUGAGCCAUUCGCCUGCUGGCACAUCGACAAAAACUCUCGUUCAUUACGGCCAGGAAAUAAACUCGGGUCGUUUCCAAGCUUAUGAUUACGGAGCUUCGAAGAAUCGUGAAUAUUAUAACAACACUUCCCCACCGGAUUAUGAUAUCUCGAGAGUAAAAGUACCCGUUGCUUUAUUCGUCGCUGACAACGACUGGCUCGCAUCCUCCGUCGACGUCGAUUCUCUGUGGAAGCAGUUACCGAACAAAAUCGCAAUGUUUAGAGUGCAGUUCCCAAAAUUCAAUCACGUCGAUUUUCUUUGGGGGAUCGACGCGCCGAAGCUGGUUUAUGAAAACGUGUUCACCGUCGUCGAACGAUAUCGAAACACGAACAUCAAGAAAAUUUCUCAUGCACAGUUCGAAAUAAUCAGAAUCUGAAAAGAAGCGUCGUGCUCGUUAUUGCCUGGACUGCCAUUUAUUUCACGUUUUUUCACGUCGUUACAAAUAUCGACAUAUUUCAGACUGUAAACUACAGCUUUGCACCAACCAAAAAGUCUCGUGCCCUUGUGAUGUGUCAACCAACGUUGAAAUACGUUCGCAAUCACAUUUGGAAUGAUCGUUCAUCAAAUUGAACAUUUUUAUGGUAAAACUCUUUCAAGCUCUUCUCAAAAUUAAUUUCGAUUUUUUAAUAUUAAUUAGAAUAAAUUGAGAAAGAAAAAUAUCAUUUUUGGAUAGAGAACGAUGAAAAAGAAUGACGAUUGCGAAUUAUGAAAAUAAUAUUAUGCAAAAGUCACUCGUGAUAAAAUGCUCCAUUGUCACCGCAACACAUUUUAUCAGCAAAUAUGAUAUUAAUGGCAGUACUAAUCGCUUAUCAGUGUAAUAGCAUAAUUUUAUAGAAUUUAUAAUUUGGUAUUUAUAAGAAAUUUUUCGAAAAAUCCACUAAAUACUCGCUGGCCUGUAGACUGUGUACUAGGAAUAGAUUUAGGCAUUUAUUUUUCAAUGUCGAAUAUGAAUUUUCUCAUUUUUCUUCCAGAAUAAUACUUGAAAAGAAAGAUUUUCAA